AUGAAAAAGUCGAGGACAACUCCUUACCAUGCUAUGGGUAACGGACAAUGUGAGAGAUAUAAUAGAACUUUACUCAACAUGCUAGGAACCCUGAAACCAUCACAGAAACAGAACUGGAAGCUGUACAUUAACCCAUUAGUACAUGCAUACAACUGCAUCAAGAAUGAGUCAACAGGAGUUUCCCCAUAUUUCCUUAUGUUUGGACGUGAACCAAAAUUACCUAUAGACAUAGAGUUUGGCUUGAAGAAAGAAGAAAAGAAAUCAGUAUCUAAGUACAUCAGUAACUUGAAAGAAAACAUGAAAGCAGCCUAUGAACUAGUAAGCAAGAUAACAAAGAAAUCGCAGGAAAGACAGAAAGAAAGUUAUGAUAGGAAAACUACAAAUGCAGAAAUACAGAUAGGAGACAGAGUAUUAGUAAAGAUUGUAGCGUUUGAUGGGAAACACAAAAUAGCAGAUAAGUGGGAAGAAGAACCUUACCUAGUUAUUGACCAACCAAACUUAGAAAUUCCAGUUUAUAAAGUACAAAAAGAAACAUCAAAAGGAAAAACCCGGACAUUACACAGAAACCUACUACUCCCUAUUGGACAUCUAGAUUCAUAUGAAGCCAAUUUAGAAGAAUCAUCUACAUCACUUUCCAAACCUACUCCUAAACCCAGGACAAGGCAAACGUGGAAAAAACAAGAACAGGUUCAAGAGAAAACACCAGAGACUAAAGAAUUAGAAGAUGAAAGAGAUGUAAGUUCUGAUGAAGAGUCAGUAAUAGAAUUUAUCCCAGUACCGGUACCAAGGAUUCCUGAGGUUAACGUCCCAGAAGAUGUUGGUAAGCACUCAGGAAAGCAGAGAGUACAGAGAUCAAAAGACCAGACAGUACAGAGCCCUAGAGAGCAGAGAGUACAGAGCCCUAUAGAGCAGACUGUACAGAGCCCUAGAGAGCAGACUGUGGACCAGAGAGAACAGAGACAGGAAAGAAAAGCAGAGGAAGAAAUACAGCAUCAUGAUGCAGAGGAGAAUGCAACACAACAACAGCCAGUCCAGAUAGAGGCAGAGCAACAGCAAGAACAUGCUGUAGCUGAUACAAGUCCCAGAUCUGAAGAUAAAGAACAAGAACCUGAACCAAUGUUACCGAGGAGGAGUACUAGGGAGAGAAGGAAACCAGAUUGGUUAAACCCCCAGGAAUAUGUCUUAGCGCAGCAACAGCAUCAAGAUGAAUGGAUGAAGAAAUGCGAUUAUCUACAUCGUUUGAAAGCAGCAUCAGAAAUGAAGUCAUAUGAGAAUGACAUAGUUCAAACCAUGCUGGAUAUUUUAAAGAAAAGCUAA